GCAUUUCUUUUCUUUCCUUCACCUCUCGCUCACUCGUUGUUUGUGAGGUGAGAAUUCGACGGUCGAUUUUAAACUGCUGAUACGCCGAAUCCUGGCGCUUUGUGCAUUCGAGGAUGUGCUUCUAUCGGGUCGACUGUGUUAUUUUGGUCGUGGACUCCAGCGGCGAGGACUAUCAAAGAUAUGGCUUUAACCUUACCAUUUGAUGACGCACCGAACCUUCGAAGAGUUAGGCGAUCUAAGUUUUUCUGCAGUGUCAUGCUCCGUACGGUCGUUGAGACACGUACGUACACCCCUACACCUGAUGUUUUGUCCUUGCAAUGUGACCGUGACGACGUGGUGCUGAACCAGGUGUACUUAGACUGGGCGCAUACACGCUCAUUCACGCGACGCUGUUUCGCCGCGUCGUUGACCACCUCUCAGUACUCGCAGACCUGGCAUUGCCUGGCUUUUGUGGAGAGUGCGAUUGUAAUGGUAUGUGCGAAGGUGGGCCUCUUUUACUGGAUUCUGCCUGUGUGUUGCUGGCCGACGUUUUUCUUUGUGCUUCUUUGCACUAUUUCACGCUUCUUUUGUGUCUUUCUUAGCACCUCCUCUGCGCCUUUCGACCCUUCUCUUACGUCUUUUCUCAGCUUCUCUUUUUGUGCAUUUCCAUUUCGAUACCUAAUUUGCGUACAGGUUCGACGUACUUGAUGCAAUUGAGCUACCUGAGUUUGUCUUGACGUCAGCUGUAGAUCUGGCUCAUCGUUUUAGUGCCAUCUGGUUUUUUUUUUUU